CGUUUAUUUAUAGAUAGCCUAACAAAAUGGAUGAUCCUACUUCGGAGCGCGUAUCCUCAAAGGAACCGCAAGCGAUUGAGCACCGACCGCGCCAAAAAGCCAAGCCACCAAUGUUAAAUGAGGAGCUUCUUAAACGAGGCGCGGACCAGCGUGCUCGCGACGCGGAGAAACCAGCGGUGCAGCUUAGUCGCGAGCAGGUAUCCAAGGCCUAUGACAUUCUCGAGGAGCAGCGUGUCGGCCCGUACGCAAUCAAAUACGGCACCUUCGGAUCCAUUGGCGCCAUCGCCUACACCUACCUACGGGGGUUCUACUACCUGUCGCAGAAGAACCGGGACGCCUGGAUGGGGACCUUCCGGUCGCGUGUGUUCAUCAUGGGCCCGGUGCUGGCUGCCUACCUGACCGCCAACAACAUCCUCCAGCUACCCUUCAAGGAGCAGCUGGAGGCGCAGCUGCAGCGCCGGGCCAUCUGCAUGUACGACAUAGUCACAGCCAAGCAGACAGUCAAGCUGGCGAAGGAGCUCCCGCUAACCGCCCAGAUGUGAGGCAUGCGUGUGGAGGCAGACGAGCGAGGGCUGCGCGGCAGGGAGGGGCGCGCGGCAGCAGGGUGCCGGCCGUGUAUUGUGGCAGGCUGAGCAGAGGAGAGAGGUAGCGGCGGUGGUGCCGGGCCUGAUGGGCACGACUGAGCGAGGGCAGGGUCAGGUGGUAGCUGUGUGGCACUGGGUUAAGGGGUGUGGGCUUGGGCUGGUGCGUGUGGUAUGUGCGCUGGGGGGGGGAGGGUCAAUUGGUGUGCGGCAGAAGGCCACGAGUCUGUGAUGCGCACGAGGUGUGAGUGCAUGUGGGCUGUGGAGGUGCGGCGGAGUGCCACAGCCGCAGUGCAGCACCGGCGGUUGCUGUUACUGUGAAAGUACGGCAUGGAUGCCACCUGGGGCGGGUUUCGCCCUCACGGCGUGUGGUGUGUUCUCUUUACGUGGCAGACCACCUCUGCUUCUGAGAUGGCGGGCGCGAAGUUGUCACUACAAUGUGUGUGUGCCCGGUAUGGGGCAGGCAUUGGUCCGUUGGGGGCUACAAAUGCAUCGGGUUGCCAGGUCUGGCAUGGAUACAAGAACGAGACGCGCCCCCG